UGGGAAUUGUAAGAAGUACAUUAGGUACCUAGGUACCUCGUUACCUAAUACAAUUGAUUCCAACCUUCAUAACACAAUCAACUUUUCACCCUCCUUCCGACCCAGGGAAUAACAAGAGCAAAACAACUACGAUGGAUAAGUCCGACCUCAUAUUAUAUGCUAAGGAGUAUGCGACCACGCAGGAUCUAUACGAGCUUCUCGGUGUAACAUCUGACACGCCCAAAGAAGACGUCCACCGCGCUUGGCGCAAGCGCAGCUUGAAAUACCAUCCUGACAAAGCAGGAGCCAACUUCGACCCGGCGAAAUGGGAACUGUUCGAGCGAGCGCGGGACGUACUGUCCGACGCCCCGGCGCGCGAGGUCUACGACUCGCAACGGUCCGCCGCCCUCCUGCGCGAACAGCAGCGCCGCGCCAUGGACUCUAAGCGACGCGCCAUGGUAGAGGAUCUCGAAGCGCGAGAGCGCGGGGCCAUCAAGCGCCCGCGCGGUGAGGACGACGGCCCUACGAUGAGCGAAGCCGAGAGGAGACGACUGGUCGAAGCUGGAAAACGGCGUCUGGAAGAGAGGCAGAGAUUAAUGAGAGAAGCGGAGGAGAGGGAAAGGCAGCGAGAAAAAGAACAAAUGGUACAAGAGAGUAAAGAGAACCAGAAGAAGGCGCAGCCGCCAAACCCGGAGGAACGAGGAGGCCGAAGAAAAACACCAGAUACUUCGAGCGCAGCUGAGUCGAGGAUGGAUAUCGACCCAGAGCCGCCAGCGAAGAACGGCGGCGGCUAUGAUGACCAGAUCGCGGAUCUCGAGCGACGGCUAGAGGAGGCGCGGCAGCGGAAAGCAGCCAAGAAGGAAAAGAAGACAGGGCGGAAGAACGGCGAUGAGAAGCACAAGACACAUGAGACUAUACCUACUCCCGAAGCCUCGCGGGGACCACAAGCUGACGAAAAGAAAGGCACUUCCACGUCGGGAACAGCAAAAACAUUUUCCUUCUCCACCUCUGCGUCCACCAACGGCAAUACUUCCACUAGCGGCAAGCCCAGGGCUAAAGGGGACUUCGCGUCGACGAUGGCUAGGCUGCGUGCCGCGCAGGCUGAGAAAGAGGCUCAGAAGAAAGCGGAAGAAGAAGAAGAAGCUGCUGCUGCUGCUGCUUCUGUGGCUGCUGAUGGCGUUGGUACCUAAUUAAACGACGGGGAUUAGGUGUCCCUGUCUAGAUACCUAGCUGCCGUUGUUCUCGAUUUUGUCUCUACUACGUGUUAUGAUACCCCCCGACCUUCUAUCGGAAGGAUUCUACUUGAAGUGCACGUGUUAGAAUAGAGAGAAUAUAUAUUCAAAAUACCUAACGUAGAGUACAGGUCUUAAUUCUUAAUAGCGAAUAUUGGGAUAAUUCCAAGCCUGUGGCACGG